CAAAUGGUAGUUGAAGCUGGUACCACUAGAAACUACUUCCACUAGACACCAACUUCCUUGAAGAUGUGAAAGGUCUUGGAGUUUUCUUCUUGUGAAUAAGAAUGGGAUGAUAGAGUGCGAACUUCCUGUCUUGUGAUUGAUUGGAGUGUGCAGCAGGAAAACGGACGCUUGACCCUGCAGUGCUCAAGGUGGAGGCAGCUGCUGCCUCUCCCAGGAUGGCUGGCACCGUGCUCGGAGUAGGUGCAGGCGUGUUCAUUCUAGCUCUGCUCUGGGUGUCAGUGCUGCUGCUGUGUGUGCUAUUAUCCAGAGCCUCCGGAGUGGCUAGGUUCUCCAUCAUUUUUGUAUUCCUUGGUGCUGUGAUCAUCACCUCUGUCCUGUUGCUUUUUCCCCGAGCUAGUGAAUUCCCAGCCCCAGAUGCAGAAGUUAAGAUUGUGGAUGCCUUUUUCAUUGGCCGCUACGUCCUGCUGGCUUUCCUCACUGCUGUCUUCCUUGGAGGCCUCUUCUUGGUCCUAAUUCAUCACAUCUUGGAGCCGAUCUAUGCCAAACCACUGCGAUCCUAGUGACCACUGUUGAGGAAACCAGGGCACUGUUCUCUCCUUUAUUGUGAGGUCAUUGACGAGCAGAAAGGCACUAUUCAGAGCCUUGCUUUUUGACAUUCCUUAUACCUUAAUAUCAGAGGAGUAUCCAUUCAUCACUGAAACAAAUCUCUUGAGUUCUGACUUCCAGAAACAGGGUUGCAAAAUUGUUCCUGUGGGGAUGGAUUCUUGUCAGCUUAAGAGGAUAUGGUUGUCUUCUCAGUACCUGUACUUCGGGAUUUACAUCUGUUUUGAAAGAUAAAUAGUAACAAUGAUCUGCUUAGAGUAGAUUUUCAAUCAAGUCGUUAGUAAAUAGAUUUUGAGGAAAGUG